AUGGAGAGACAGAUCAAUUGUCACUCUGUGCUCGGUUGCUCUGUGGUUGCUGAUGAUUUUGGGUCUUUCCAAAGGCUCUACAGUCUUUCUCCUGUGUCUAAACACUUUGUGCGUAAUGAAGAUGGUGUGUCGUUGGGUCCCCUAUUGGCCCUGUCUCAAGACGAGGUCUUCAUAAAAAGCUGGUCCCAAUUGAAAGGUGCAAUUCUUGAGGGAGGAAUUCCAUUCAACAGUGUAUAUGGCAUGCAUGCCUUCGAGUAUCCAGAUUUGGACCCUAGGUUCAAUGAAGUUUUUAACACAGCAAUGUUCAAUCACACUACUAUUGUUAUGAAGAAGAUUCUUGAGUCUUACAAAGGCUUUGAGAAACUCACACAACUAGUUGAUAUUGUUGGAGGUCUAGGAGUUACUCUUAACUUAAUCAUUUCCAGAUACUCCAAUAUCAAAGACAUUAAUUUUGAUUUACCACAUGUUAUACAACAUGCCCCAGCUUAUCCAGGUGUGGAACAUAUAGGAGGGAAUAUGUUCGAGAGCGCUCCUAAAGGGCAUGCUAUUUUUAUGAAGUGGAUACUUCAUGAUUGGAGUGAUGAAUACUGCUUGAAGCUGUUGAAAAAUUGCUACAAUGCUAUCCCAAAUGAUGGAAAGGUAAUUGUUGUGGAGGCAGUUCUUCCAACUGUGCCUGAGAAUAGCAGUUCUAUGAAGAGCACCACUCAUCUUGAUUUGAUUAUGAUGACUCAAAACCCCGGAGGAAAGGAAAGGACCCAGCAAGAAUUCAUGGCCUUGUCAACUAGGACUGGAUUUAGUGGCAUCAGAUUUGGCUGUUGUGUAUCUGAUAUUUGGGUUGUGGAGUUUUUUAAGUAG